UCCCCCUCACACACACACACACACACACACACACACUCUCUCUCUCCUGUCUCUCUCUCUCUCUCUCUUUCCGACUCCCCUUCUCAAUUCCCUAGCCCUAACCAACCAAGCACAUCUCCAAACUGUCCUAACUAGAUUUGGUGGGCUGUUCUUGCUCAUAACAUCUAGACCACUUGCAGGUUAGGCCUCCUUGGAGGAGGGGGUGAGAGGAGAAGGAGGAGAGGAGGAGGAGAGGAGAAGGAUCUGGGGAGAGGGGGGAAGAUGUCUCCACCUAAUGUGGCAGGCCAGUUUGGAGACACCACCUACACCAAGGUCUUUGUUGGAGGGCUUGCUUGGGAGACCCAGAGAGACACCAUGAGGAAGUACUUUGAGCAGUUUGGAGACAUCCUGGAGGCUGUGGUCAUCAAUGACAAGAACACAGGAAGGUCCAAAGGCUAUGGUUUUGUGACAUUUCGAGAGCCGGAGGCUGCGAUGAGAGCUUGCUUGGAUCCCUCGCCGGUGAUCGAUGGAAGGAGAGCUAAUUGCAACCUUGCUUCCUUGGGGGUUCAAAGAUCUAGACCGACAACUCCUCUUCAUGGAGGGAGCAGGAACUUUAGGGCUAUGAAAUCUUUUCAGGCAGCUGGAGGGAUUCAAGGUGGGAUGGGAACAGCUUUUCCUUCGCCUGCUGCCACCUUCCCAGCUCAUUAUGCCAUCCAACAAGGCCUUCCUUAUUAUGUCUACGGGUUCUCACCAUACUCUGCCGAUUACAAUUACCCCACGAGCUACUACAACAUGUAUGGUGGAGCGUCUGCUCAAUAUCCACUCUAUGGUGGGGCAACAACUGGUAUGGUGGCCGCAGCCACUGGCUACUACCCAUACUUCCAGUUUGGGCAGGGUGGUGGCGCCACCUCCACCGCCGGCGCGUACGCCCAGGGCCAAGGAUAUGGCAUGCAGUACCCUCAGAUGUUCCAAUACUCUGCUGCCACCACGACGGCGGCGGGGAUGAACGGCUUUGGAGCCCAACUCUAUGGAGUGGCCACCUCCCUCGCACCGAGCCCCACAGCACAAGCAGGCAUGACCAUGGCUCUCACAGCUCCAAGCCUGCCAAGUCCGACUGCUCACCACUACAGACUCAUUCCUUCCCACUUCACUGCGACUACAGCGCCAGAGCAACCCUUGGCCUAACCAUGGUUCUUCUUCACACAUCCUCAGUUCUCUUCUUGCAUGUGUCUUUCUGUAGGUCUGUUCAUCAUCUCUAACACAAGCCAAAGUUCCCAUCCGAAGGUCUUUGUAGGCCGAGUUCAGUCCCUGGGGGACUAACAGUGUCAGUCAAGCUCAAGGUUGGAGGGGUGCUCCACAUCCAUAUAGUGAUCAAUCGGCAGGUUUUCUUGCUUUAGCCCUAGGGUGGGCUUAAAGCAUCUGCAUUCACCAACAGGUGGAGUGCAAGUACAAGGAUAACAAUGCCUGACUCCUCGGGAGCCAGACACAUCUAACACAACUGCCCCUGGAGGGCUUUGAGCUAAUGCAAACCCAAGCGUCUAACUCAUUGGUCUCGUCUUCCUCUUCAGUUGUCAGCCCGAGAUUGCAGAGGUGCAUUUGGUCUUGAGUACCAGGGUGAGGCAUGCCCUGAUCUAUGUUUUACUUCCAGUCUUCUGUGAGUUUCAUCGACUCUGAAGAAGACAGUGUAUGACCAAACCUCCAUGUCAACUUUACCAGUUGAACAUUAUGUAACAGUUCACUGUUACCAAGCAUUCACCUUACCUAGGGAAAGGUAAGAUGACUUUACUAACCUCCUUUAUGUUAACUAGUUGUUGUGUGUACAUUUGUGGCUAGGCUCCAUGGGGGGAGUUUUAGCCCCAAGCCAAGCAGGUGUAGAGGAGAGCUAGUGUUUGUUUUUGGCAUCUAGCUCCUCCUCCUCCUCUACCUAUCUUACAAGAUGAACUCCACAUACGGUGGUGGAGUUCUCUGAUCACCCAUAGGAAAUUUUAAGGUUUCCCGCCCUAUUGGCCCUGGAGAUAUAUUUUUGGUCUCAUGGCCUCCUCUCUCAUUCAGUACUACUUCAACACCAUGGUUAGGUCCAAGAAACUCCUCAUUCUCUCUCUCUCUCUCUCUCUCUCUCUCUCUCUCGUUCAUGCAGUUUGAAUGUGGAGAGAAUAUGUUAUCACAAUAUGCUGCUGUUUCUCUCAUGCUGUUUAUGUUCAGAGAGACUCAGAUACUUAUAUUUCUACUAUUUCUAUUUGCUAUGUACUGAGAACUGGAUCUUGUAAUGACUAUCUACUUCAGCAUUGUCUCAUUUACUUGUG